GGUAUCUGAGAAUGAUCGCAGGUAACGAGGCACCCCAGGAGGUGACAGUCACAAAGAGACAAACUGUUCCCACUUCACAAGAGCUGAACUAUACCCAGACCCUCACCCUGUCAGAUCAUGGUAAAUCCUGGCUGAGAUGUGACCUGAUGUGGGGACAGGUGAGGUUACCUGGGCAGAACUACAUUGCUAGUGUGGGAUACGCACCCAGAAGACCACGAAUUUUUCUGAACGGUCAUGAGCGAAAUGCCACAGUCAGGGAGAAAGACCAAGUUAACUUGAGAUGCGAAUCAGACGGCCGCCCCACACCUAACAUCUCCAUCUAUAACAACGACAAUGACACUGUUAUACAGAGAAACUCAUCGCCGGUCAUCUACACCUUCAUCGCUCGAUGUGAAGACACGGCCACCUACACCUGCUUCGCGUGGAAUGAGUUUUCAAGUCAGUCAGGCGUGAACUUCGUCAGACUCCAGCUGAAUGUUGCAUGUAAACCUCGAAGCGUGUCGUCCACAAAUGUUUUCAUCUUCAGGGUUAAAGACAACAGAGAGAUGCUAACAUUUAAUGUCAUCGCCUUCCCGGUACCUUCUGGGGGUGGUGUGUGGUUUGCAGACCCAGUAAAUAACAGCACUGAAUCAUCCUAUGUUCAAAGUUCAGAUGUUAAUAUUUCCUGUAAAUCUGACAGAAAGUUCCGUUACAUAUCCAAAUGUACUUUAACUGUCUUCAGCGACACAUCUCCAUCAAAGACUGGCAUGUACAAGGUGCAACUCAUCAAUGAGCAUGGUGCUGAGAACUUCACUAUUGAGCUCAGUUAA